AUGGAUAGGUUGCUGGAACUGGAUGAACUAUAUUGGUGGCAACGAUCUCGAGUCAAUUGGUUAAAAUCUCGUGACCGUAAUAUCUCUUAUUUUCACAAGAUUGCACAUCACAGAGCAAAAACUAAUUCUCUGACAGGGAUUUUAGAUGCUAACAAUGUCCUGCAAAAGGAUCGUGUGCCGAUUGGUAAGGUGUUCUUGGAUUAUUAUAAUGGCUUAUUUUCUUCUGCUGGUGUCACUAUGAGUAGUGAUAUUUUUGAGGCAGUCACUACAUGA